CGCUUGGCCUUCACAAGACUUCCAGCUUCUUCCUGUCCUCUCUGUAGUUCCAGCUUCACCAGAUCUCAAAAUGGACCCCAACUGCUCCUGCUCCACCGGCAGCUCCUGCACCUGCUCCAGGUCCUGUGUCUGUAAGAACUGCAAAUGCACCUCCUGCAAGAAGAGCUGCUGCUCCUGCUGCCCUGUGGGCUGCUCCAAGUGUGCCCAGGGCUGUGUGUGCAAGGGCCAGUCAGAGAAGUGCACACGCUGUGCCUGAUAUGAGGACACGGCUGCUCCCACGUGUAAAUAGUGUUGCUGGACCACCCCAGAGCUUUUCAUACGGCUCCACCCUGUUUACUAAACCCCCUUUUCUAAGAAAUGUGUGAAUAAUAAAAGCCCAUUUGUUAAAAAAAAAAAAA